CUGGGCGCACGCGCAGAAGACGCAAAGUGACAGCUUCCUGUCUCGCGAAAAGCUGCGUGGUCGACAACCGGAAGGUAACCUCAUCGAGUCCCAGUCUCGUUUGUACUCAAAGUAUCGGGCUACGCGGUCUACCUUGCCCCGGUUUCGGCUCAACUGGUCCAGCCUUGGGAGAAUAAAGGACUUUGGUCGGCUGGCAACAAUGAGGUCUUGUUCAUACACUGGAGGAGCCAUUCCUUCUCUGCGUAGAUAGCACAUGAGCUCAUCUUGAGAAAUUCCUUGGGGUCGAGUGGAUCUGUAUGAUUUCUUUAUCCCUGGGGUUGGUGGUCUUGUAUCAUGGCUGAAAAUGACAUAGACAGAAUCCAGACUGAGAAACUCCUACAAAGAGUACAGGAACUGGAGCAGGAGGUACAAAGACUUAAAAAAGAACAGGCCAACAACAAAGACUCAAACGUGAGAGAACAUUCUUUAGGAGCUGGAAAAGCGAAGCGUUCAUUUGAUUUCAGCGCUCAUGGUCGAAGACAUGUAGCUCUAAAGAUAGCCUAUCUAGGCUGGGGAUACCAGGGCUUUGCCAGUCAGGAGAACACGAACAAUACAAUUGAAGAGAAACUGUUUGAGGCUCUCACCAAGACUCGACUAGUAGAAAGCAGACAGACAUCCAACUAUCACCGGUGUGGGCGAACAGACAAAGGAGUUAGUGCCUUUGGACAGGUGAUUUCUCUUGACCUUCGUUCUCACUUUCCAAAGGACAGGGCUUCAGGGGAUCUUAAUUUAAAAGAUGAAGUCAAUGAUGCUGCUAACGAGAUCCGCUAUUCCCACAUUCUCAAUCGGGUACUCCCUCCAGACAUCCGAGUACUGGCCUGGGCCCCCGUGGAACCCAGCUUCAGUGCUAGGUUCAGCUGUCUUGAGCGGACUUACCGCUAUUUUUUCCCUCGUGCUGAUUUAGACAUCGUGACCAUGAACGAUGCAGCUCAGAAGUACAUUGGCACACAUGAUUUUAGGAACUUAUGUAAAAUGGAUGUAGCCAACGGGGUGAUUAAUUUCCAGAGGACUAUUCUGUCUGCUCAAGUACAGCUCGUGGGCCAGAGCCUGGAUAGGGAGAGAUGGCAAGAACCUUUCCAGUUAUGUCAGUUUGAAGUGACUGGCCAGGCGUUCCUUUAUCAUCAAGUCCGCUGUAUGAUGGCUAUCCUUUUUCUGAUUGGGCAAGGAAUGGAGAAGCCAGAGAUUAUUGAUGAGCUGCUGAACAUAGAGAAAAAUCCCCAGAAACCUCAGUACAGUAUGGCUGUAGAAUUUCCUCUAGUCUUGUAUGACUGUAAGUUUGAAAAUAUCAAGUGGAUUUAUGACCGAGAGGUUCAGGAGUUCAAUGUCACCCACCUCCAACAACUCUGGGCUAAUCAUGCUGUGAAAACUCACAUGUUGUACAGCAUGCUACAAGGACUGGACUCUGCCGCAGUGCCCUGUGGGACAGGACCGGAGAUGGAUGAAAUGAUAGAAUGGAGAAAUGUUAAGCCCUCUGUCAUAAAGCAGACCAGUGCCUUUGUAGAAGGAGUGAAAAUGCGUACAUAUAAACCAUUAAUGGAUCGUCCUAAAUGCCAAGGAUUAGAAUCCCGGAUCCAGCAUUUUGUACGUAGGGGACGCAUUGAGCACCCACAUUCAUUCCUUGAGGAAGAAACAAAAGCCAAAAGGGACUGUCAUGAUACAAUGGAGGAAGAAAAUACUCUUUUGGAGAAACCAACAAAAAGAGUCUGUGUUGAUACAGAAAUUAAAAGCAUCAGUUAACCAUAACAGAAUCUAGGAGGUAACAACCAGCUAGUGGUAGGUGGAAAGAAAAGAAAUACAAGAAAAUAUGUACUAGGGAAGUCCUAAAAAUUCAGAUCAUCAGCUCUUUGAAAAAACAAAACAGCAACCCCCGAAAAAACCCAAGCCAAAAGACCAUUAAGCCCUAUAAAGGAAGCUCUUGCUUCAGUAAGAGAAUUCAAACAUUCUCAUUCCUGUCCAAAAGGACUGAGAUGGAAGAAGCAAAAACCAAUUGUGAAAGGGAGUUUACAUACAUGUGGAAACCUGUGCCUUGUGUUCAAAUUCAUUAAAGCCUGAUCCUGCAGGUGUCUAA